AAAAACGAACAGGGCGUCAUAAUGUCUAGCACUAAGCAGUCUCUACUAAGAAGUUAAACAAUGUACUAUCAUUGAUUUGCAUUGAAUUACAUCCGUUGACCCAAAAGGUGUGCUUAGAUUAGCAGGCUAUGCAUUUACCCGGACAGCAGGUGUGUUACCUGUGGCACCUCCAGGAAAUAGUAAGCUCUGACAGACACGGGACUUCCUCUGUGAUUACUCCAUAGCCACACCGCACAAACGCAAUCAACAUGGCUUGCCGGGAGGGCGUAAGGGCGAGUGGGCAAACCUUUAUUUGAUCCUUCAAAACCAGAUUUAUUAUUCGGUAAGUUCUGCAAUCCCGCUUUAUGCGAAUCCAGCAACAACCACAACAACAACACCGGGGCCGCAACAGCCAAGAUUCAGAGACAGCGGCAUUCCCCAUGUACCUUCUCCUGGCAUGAUCGGCUUCCUGAUCACAAGAGCUGCGUCUUAUUUCCCAUUCCAGUGAGUGACUGCGCACGACUUUCCCCAUCAGCGCGGGGGCAUUGACGCAUUGUGGAGUCGAAAGGGGGGGUAGCACUACUGCCAACCCCGGCUGCGCUAACACACGCAUCUAGGAUGAGCGAAACCGCGAUGGCCGGGGUGCAGCUCGAGACGGAGCCGGAGGACGACCACCAGCAGCCCGAGAACGGCUUCGUGUCCCCCGAAGCCACAGCCACGCCGGGGCUGCUGACACGCAUCGACGGCUGUGUGCUCCCGUUCCUCGGGGGAUUCGGGAAGUACCAGAGACAGCUCAUCGUGCUGACAUGGAUCCCAGCGCUGUUCAUUGGAUUCAGCCAGUACUCUGAUAAUUUCCUGCUCGCCCAGCCCAACAUCACAUGUGUCGUACCCGUGGCUAACACGACCAAUUUAUCCAAAAGUCAUUCGGCGUUGUUUCAAGGUCCACACAAUAGCAGCAGAAGCAGUACGCGUUCAUCUUUUAUAUACGCUAAUGGGAGUUAUGGCACUCGCAAUGACAGCAGCAGCAUGCAGUGCCACUGCACGGAGUGGACGUUUGAGCUGCAGACCGGACUGGUACGGAAUGUGGUUACCAAGUGGGGUCUCGUGUGCAACUCUGCGUGGAAAGUCCACAUUGCAAAGUUCUCUCUUCUCGUUGGGUCCAUCUUUGGAUACCUGGUCUUUGGGGUCCUUGCAGACUGGUUCGGCCGCCACCCGGUGCUCAUCAUAUCGGUGCUGUUCAUGCUGGUGUUCGGGCUGACGGUGGCGUUCUCCGUCAACGUCCCCAUGUUCAGCACCCUGCGCUUCUUUGAGGGCUUCUGCCUGGCGGGGAUCACCCUGUCUCUCUUCGUACUGAGACUGGAGCUAUGUCUACCCGACUGGCGCUUCUCCAUGACCAUGGUGGCCAGCUUCGUGGUGCUGGGGGGCCAGCUCCUGAUGCCCGGGGUGGCGUACCUCUGUCGGGACUGGCAGGUCCUCCAGGCGGUCAUCAUCUGCCCCCUCUUGCUAAUGCUGUCCUACAUAUGGAUCUUCCCAGAGUCUCUGCGGUGGCUGCUGGCCACGCAGCAGUACUCACGCUCCAAGUGGAUUAUGGGGCAUAUUAUCAAGAAGAACCAGGUGAACACGGAGCAGGACUCGGAGCAGGUGCUUCAAGAACUACAGGGAGCCCUGCAGAAGAAGCCCAAGAAGACCUGCAUCGUGAAGAUGGUGGGCACCAGGAACCUGUGGAAGAACAUCGUGGUGCUCUGCGUGAAUUCGCUGACGGGCUACGGCAUCCACCACUGCUUCGCCCGCAGCAUGAUGGACCACGAGGCGCACGAGACCACCAUGUUCCACAACUUCUACGCCGACUACUACACCAUGGCGGGCAUCGCGGUGGCGUCCUGCAUGGCGCUGUGUCCGGCCGUGGGGCUGAUGGGCCGGCGCGGCGGCCUGCUCAUGUUCAUGAUCAUCACGGCGCUGGCGUCGCUGCUGCAGCUGGGCCUGCUGAAUCUGCUGGGAAAAUACAGCGUUCAACUAAAUAUAGUGCGCUCCGAAUCGCUGAAUAGGAACUUCUCCAUUGCCUUUUCCAUCAUCGGCAUGUUCUCGUCCCACGCUGUCAGCAACCUGAGCAUCUUUUUUUGUGCUGAGAUCACCCCGACCGUCAUCAGGGGCGGAGGUGUGGGCCUGGUCCUGGCCAGCGCAGGCUUCGGCAUGCUCACCGCGCCGAUCAUGGAGCUCCACAACCAGAAGGGCUACUUCCUCCACCACAUUAUCUUCGCCUGCUGCACCCUCAUCUGCAUCAUCUGCAUCCUGCUGCUGCCCGAGACGCGCUUCCAGCCCCUCCCCGAGACGCUGGCCGACGGCGACUGCUACACGCGCCAGCCCCUGCUGCCGCCGCCCAGGAAACCCGGGGAACAGCACCACCUGCUGGGCGCGUCCCAGGGCAGCAGGGACUACAUCCGGGUGCACGACACGCCCCCGCCGCACAAGGCGCCCGCCACCGUGGUCUCCACCCUGGACUCCACCGCCUCGUCGGCCGUGGACCUGGCGGCGGCGCCGUCCGUCAGCAACCUGGUCGCCAUGGAGGUGCACCCUGGCAAGGCGGACGGCAGGGACCCCAACGGCCACUCCUACUGCUCCCUGCCCAUGACGCCGCUGGCCUCCUCCUCGCUGGACAAAGGGAGCGUCGUGCGCCCCGGCCAGGACCAGCGGCUGUCCUCCACGCCGCUGCGAAAGAAGCCCUGCGUCACCGACCCCCUGCUGUCCGGCGCCGGAGACCCCGGGGACGGCGUCAAGCCGUCGGACAUCACGGUCAUCACCCAGCUGAACGGCAAGGUGGACCCCUCGCACGGCCCCCGGGCCGGGUCGCCCCCCGUCCCCGUCCUGAAGCCCGGCCCCCCGUCGCCGGUGGACGCCCGCGGCCCCCCGUCGCCCCUCCCGGGGGACUGCAGCCCCCCGCCCCCCCCCGCUGCUGCCCAGCCCCGGCUCGGCUCCCCGUUGGGGCCCCCUGUCACUCUGGUCCGAGGGCCCCCAGCCCCCCUACACCCCAGGCCCACGCUGCUACCAGAGGCCGGCCCCGAAGCCGCCGCCGCCGGCCCCGCUCCGCCGAUGCACGACCGCCGUUCUCCUCCGCGCUCUGCCUCUCCCCCAGCUCCUGCUGCCUCUCCUCCUCCUCCCCCUUCCCCUACUCCUGCUCCCUCCCCGCCCCCCCACCGUGAGGCCCUGGUACCCGGUGCCGCGGAUCCACAACCCGCGGAGGGCCCAACCGACCCCCUCGUCGAGGCAGAUUGCCUACCGGCGGAGGAGCCCGAACUCCCACCCGCACCAAUCUCCCUCCCUCCUCCUCCCACCUCCUCCUCCCCCCUCCCAACGAGAGACUCCCCCACACCGCCGCCUCCAAUAGACUCUGUCCAACCCCCGCCGUUGGAGUCCACUCCUCCUCCUCCUCCUCCUCCUCCUUCUCCUCCUCCUUCUUACAUGGAGGCCAUUCAUGACGGACCUCCUCCCCUCUCCCCUCCUCCCUCCCCUCCUCCCCCCCCUCCUCCUCUUACCUGCACGCCCCCCCCCCCACCUCCCUCUCCGCCCAUCGAGGCCCACCCCGCCCCGCCAGCGGACGCCCCCGCCCCCCCUCCCUCCGACCCCUUCGCCCCCGUUCCGUCGCCACCGGUGGUCCUCCCCAUCACGGACAUCGUCCACGCGUCGCCUCCGGAGCCGGCCGAUGUCGCGACUGUCACGUGCCAGGGGCCCGCGGGGCCCUCGCCGGGCCUCCUGCCAGACCCUCACAGCGUGGACCCGGCCGUAGCUGAGACGGCAGAACAGCCUUCCACAGCGGAGGAGAUGAAGAAGGAGAAGGAGGAGGAGGAGGAGGAGGAGAAGGAGGAGGAGCCUGUCCCUCAAAUUGAAUGCACUGUCUCCUCCCCUAUUGACUUGGGGGCCCUCCCCCUUAGGGACUCUGGCAGCACAGAGAACAACACCUUGAACGGUGAGCUGUCGUCGUGAGGUUUCCCAUGAGGCAGUGUUCCAAAACAGGAAGAAUGUUCACUUCCUGUUUUCGGUUGGAAGAGAAUGUCUGGACAGGAAGAAGGGGGGGGUGUUGGGUGGAAACAGUCAGAGGGCGACUCAGUGGGGGCGUGAGGCGAGGUAGGGAGUUCACCGCACUGCUGCGGGCUACAGGCCGCCCAACGAAGACUUCUGGAGAAGCCCAGUGACGGAGUCGGUAAACAGGUGGUGCACUUUUGUUACUCUUCACCCUCACGGCAUUCAGCCAGUGAACGGAGACGAUGCAAGUGGGGUUGCAGUUGCUGAGAGGCUGUGCAGUGAUCGUGACGGUAAACGUUUUGCAAUGCUGAUAUCACCAGCCCAUGAACUACAUGAAAAUCAAUGAGAAUCACUGUCUGUCGUUUUAAAGACUUAGAAAAUAACUGGAUACUGCUGAGUAGGGGUAUCUGGUGGGAUUGCGAUUAACCACUUCUACCCCACCACAACCCCCCAAAAAAUAUGAAGAAAAUCACUGAUACUUUUGUUCUAAUGACGUGUCCACUCAGCAUAUUUGUGUAAAAAUUGUCGGGGCUACAUUGAGGGAUAAAAGGAAAAAAAAUGAAAUGUUAAUGUAAAUGUUACGAUAUUUUUGUCCUGAUAAAACUAAACAAAUGCUCCGAAUUGGACAUUUGACAACAAAAAAACAAACACCAAACGCUAAUCUGACCAAAAAAAUAUAAAAAAUGGACUGUGCCAAUCAAUAAGUAUAAGAAGAUGUUAUUAUGAAUUACAAAAUCCUGAAUGUAAUUGUACUCUUUGUUGUGGAGGACAAUGUUGGGCAACGAGAAAGGCCAAAAAAGGCCCACAACAGACAGAACUUUGUAUUAUGACACAAUGAAGACUUCCUAGGUAACGUAAAAUGAGAAUAACGGUUUGAAAGGAUGAGUUUGGAGGGCUUUUAGUUUGUUUUUUUUGCAAUCGCUCCCAGUCAAUAAAUCCUCUGGAAGGCAAAUCUUACUUUUUUUUUUUUUUUUUUAUUCAAAAAAAUAUAUUGUUGUGAGCAAAUGCAUACUUAGGUGUUGUGCUUGAUUCAAUUCUUUGGAGCAUAAUCUCCCGUGGUGUGUGCCAUUAUUGUACAAAGCUAUGAGGCAUUCAGACUAUGUUUGUGUGGAUGUUUAGUGGCACCUUAUGCUUUGCACAUGGGGACAAAGCAUGAUUGAAAAAAGUAAAAGUCAACAAAAUCAACGUAAAAACAAGAACCUUAAAUAUGAUGAAAAUAACCAAACAAUGUUCAAUGGACCAUUAGUGAAAAUACAGUUAAUGCCAUUGCAACAAAUUGCUUCAUUAAAAGUCAUCGUCUGUCCCCCCCCCCCCCCCCCCCCCCCCCCAGUCACAAUUUCAUUUUAGUUUUUUCACUUCCGUAAGCUGCAACACCAUUGGUCUGUUUGUGAUCCUCACAGUUUGGAACAAAAGCCUAGUCCAUUGGUUCAUUUCGCCAUGAAAACAUAAUACUAUUAACAUUUUUGCAUCAAAAGACUCAAGUACACUGAAUUGAUUGGAUAGUUCCGCCAUGUAUAUUGCCGCGUUCAUUUCAGAACACAACAUGUGGACAGCAUUACACUUGAUUCUUAUCCACGUCGGAUGCAUUGAGGCGAUUGUAACUCUCACCUAGCCAACUAGAUAUGAUUGUAGAUAGACCACCGUUUACAGCGUUCCUCAUCAUAGUAAACACUAUUUGUACUGUACGAUUCUAGAGCCAAAUGAACGAUGUCUUGUCAUUUCCAAUGUGAUAAACCCAGUCUUUUACAGUAA